UUCUACAUUUAUUAUCAGUAUCACUAGUCGACGGCCUAUUAUCGUCGAUGAAAUAAAUCGGCCAUUAUCUAAAACACUGUUCUAGUUCCGUUUCCUUGACCGGAGUUUAGAUAACAGUCCAUAAAUUAGAAAAACCAUGGCGCUAUUAAAUUAUGUGAACCCAUUUCACAUUGUUCGUGAGUUUGUGCGUAAUCCUAUAGAAGCAUUUGUGCUGCACCAGUACUUGGGGUAUAAGAAGAAGACAGAGGAAGGAAUAAAUAGCGUGAAAGAGUUACUGUACAGGGCUGGGAUCAUAUCCGUGUUCGUUACUGCGAUUUUAUGGGUGUCCAUUUUUAUGUAUGUGGUGUUUUACUAUACGUACAUGCCCAACGUUACGCAUAUGAGGCCCGUGCAUCUACAGUUCAAGUCAUGCGACGAGCAAAUGGGCCUUUGUUCAUUCCCAUCAGCCCACGUCCAGCUCACGAAAUAUAGUCAGAUGCUAAUGUCAGCGCAGCCCUACCGCGUGCGGCUCAUACUUGACAUGCCAGAGUCGCCCAUCAACAAAGAACUUGGUAUGUUCAUGGUGUGUGCUCAGAUGAGGGCUAAGGGCGGAGUCCUAGUGUCAUCAUCCUGCAGAUCCGCUAUGCUUACACACAGGUCAUGUCUACACGAAUUUAUCCGAACAGUAGUGUUCGCUCCCUUACUCCUCACGGGAGUGAACGAGGAGCGUCAGCAACUUCACGUCGAACUGUUCAGUGACUUUGAGGACGACCAGAACUUACCAGUAACUGACGCGUACGUCGAACUACAAUCCAGACACGCUCAAAUAUACGCCUGCGAGUUACAAAUAGAGGCUCACUUUACCGGCCUCCGGUACUGCAUGUACCAUUAUCCAAGACUCUCGGCUGCCAUUGGUAUCAGUACGAAUUUAUUCUUCGUGUCGCUCAUAUUUAUAUUGAGCUGGUAUCAUCUACAGGACGGAUUGCCAGACUUCGUAAAGAGCAAAUUUGGCGACAUCAAAAACGAAACCGAUCCCGACGACGAAAAGAAAUAUUUAAAGAAAGUGAAAUUGGAGAGAACAGAUUCUUCCAUGUUCUUCGAUGAUGAGAGCCUGGUGGAGGAGCUGAAACACAUCGAUGAACCAAAGAAGACUUAGACUGAUUCAAGCUUACAGUAUUUUUGUACGGCUUUUUACUAGGGAAUGUAAACCGG